UUUGGUCCAGAAAAUAGUUGGUGAAAGAGAUUUUCGUAUCGAUUUCGAGAUUCCUGAUUCGUGUGUUGUCCGAUUUUCCGACCAUCAAUUACUGUGCUCCGUGUUUGUGCUGUCGCUUGAAAGUGUCGCGAAAAGUGCGAAAUCCAAUCAGCAUAAAUCAACGUUCGCCACCCCACCCCUCCUCCCGUGUGAACGCUUGCGUGUGGCUGUGUGCCUAGGCUCUUGGCCUAGAGGAAGGCCUGAACGAGAAUCCGAGAAUCCCGAGAUCAUUAUCCGUGUCCGUUCGCUAAAUCUGUGCGGGAAGAUCGAAAGAAGGGAAGUUUUACGCACGGGAAAACCCACUCCGAUUAGAUGCCCUGGUGACAGGAGCUCGUUUGGGUGAUACGCAGCACGCAGCAGUCGCAGUCGCAGCUUUUGUCUGUCAAUCGCGCAGACGAAAUUUCCCUCUGGAACAAUCUAAAUUACCCAGCGGCCGAGACUCGGUAGGGUUGUCAAUUCGUCCGGGUCACCAUGGAGGAUGCUCCCCUCGUGGACUGUCCUCCAACACCGGAGCUGCUAGCGCCCUCUAGUACACCUCCUUCGCGGAAGCGCAUGCUGUACACCUCCUCAUCGGAAGAGGGCGAUGAGUCGGCCGAUGGGCGCGGAUCGCCACCCCCUAAAUGUGCUAUCUGUCUGGGCAAGUGUCGCCAGAAGGCUUUUACCAACUCCUGCCGUCAUCAGUUCUGCUUCCCCUGCCUGCUCGAAUGGAGCAAGGUUAAACCGGAGUGUCCUCUGUGCAAGCAACGAUUCGCCUCGAUCCUCUAUCAGAAUCAAGCAAACCACCAGAAGGAGCACAUGGUUCUCCGCCCGCAGGAUCUGUACCGUCGUAUGAAUCUGUUUGCGGCCGAAUUGCCUCACUACACGUACCACGCCACGCUACAGGUUCCACCGAGUCAGAGCGAGCUGUUACAGCAACUCUUUAUGCAUCAGUCCAGCGAGGUGCAACGGUUUAUACGAGAUUUUGGCAAUUCUCCCAUCCCGACGCGGCAGAACAGUGUCGAGUGGCGUCGGUUCAUCUACGUCCAAGGGCUGUACGCUCGCCCACUGCCAGACGUUAGUGGCCGCUUCCGGGAAAGCUCCGCGGCCUUCUACAGCGAACACCCUGCACAGCUGCAUCGUAUUCUUCCGUGGGUUAAUCGAGAACUGUACGUACUGCAGGGUAUUGCCCCAUCGCCAGGCUCUUCGGUAUUGCUUGAGGUGGCCUCACUGAUGGAUACGUACGAUAUUGAUUCGGAUGAGUUCCUGUGCCGGUUGGUACCGUACAUCGCGGGUGAUUACAUUGACCAUUUCCAGCACGAACUGAGUAACUUUGCCCGCUCGCCGUACGAUAUGAUCGGGUACGAUCAGUGCGUCCAGUAUGAGCCACGCUUCGGUCACGUUCGUCCGCUAAUGCGUCCAAUUAUGCGUGCACCGCGUAGCCAGGUCGUCAUUUCGUCCUCGGAUGACGAAGUGUUUGAAGAUGGCGUCGAAGUGCCACGGCCUUUCGGUUCCUCCUCUACAUCGUCCGCCUCUUCGUCGAGCGCGAUGGCUGCAUCGGGAAGCGGAGCACCGAGUGGUGGUACCGCCGGUGGCGGUCUUACACAGUUCCGUCUCGAGGCACGCUCGACAUACGAAACCGUCAUAAUGACGGGCACGAUCAAUGGUUCGCGAGCGCCAGCGGUCGAAGCGCCACAACCUCAGGUAGCGGUCAGCGAAUUGACCGAUAGUUCCAACGAAACCAGCUCGUCCUCAACGGGCUUCGGACUGAAUCUGCCUCGGAGGCCCCCAGUUCCGACGGCCGGUCGAUCAACACUGCAGGAUGGUGAUAACAUCUCUCUCUCAUCGAGCGAUUCCGACGAGUGUCAGUUCGUGAUGUCCCAGAAACCGCCACAUCUUCGCACUCCAGACCAUGUGGUGGACCUGGAGUCUGAUAACGACAGUGAGGUUAUGUUUGUCGGUGAAGAACCGGCCACAGUGCCAGCGAAUGGAGGUGCUAGCACCUCGUCGUCAUCCUCGUCGGCUCCACAGACUGCGCUGGCCUGCGCAUCGCAACAGCAGACUAGGCAUGAGCUUAGCAGCGAGUACAAUAACGGUGCAUCGACCAGUUCCGGGUAUGGUGGUUGUGGCAGCGGAACGAGCGGCAAUGCUACCAGUUCAUGUUUACGCCUUAAAGUGUAUACCAGGCCACGGCACACGCGCUAUACCGGCGGUAUGGGGGUAAAGAGUAUGUAUGAGGCCAGCGAUAGCGAUGAUAUGGAUACGAUGGAUGAUGAGGAGGAGGAAGAAGACGUUCAUGGCGGUGCGAAUGCGAAAGGAUGCACCCCACAAUCACCUAGCUACUCGUCUACUUCGAUGGACUCGUCGCAUGAUGAGGUCGUGUUUAAAGUUCGUCCGCAUGAUUGCUCGGUUACUCGGACCGGUGUAAGAGCACGGGUACGCAACGUCGCCGGCAGUAAGCGUAAGACACAGCAGGCUACGAGGGUGAAGCGCGUAUAUCGAAAUCGACGCGAUAGUAGCAGCAGCAGUAGCAGCAGCAGCACCAGCAGUAGUAAUAGCAGUAGUAGCAGCACUAGCAGUACCAGCAGCAGCACCAGCUCCAGCAGUAGCAGCAGCGAAGAGAGCGACAGCGAGAGCACCACUAGCGCUAGCCUGCUGCGUACGAGCAGCCGUAACAGUAGCUCCACCAAUACUAGCAGCAACACCAGCAGCAAUUUUAGCAUUUGCAGCAGCAACAAUACUACCGAAAGCGCUAGCACCAAUAAUGCGCAUCGCGGCCAAACCGAACGGAAGCGCACCAGAACGGUUUCUCCAGCGAAAGUGGAAGUGAAGCGUACGCGAAGUGCUACUGGCCGAAAGGAAAGACAAAAAAGACAGAAGCAUGCAGAUGGCAAGACAAAGGCACGGCAUGCUGAGGGAGAAGGGAUGUCAAUGACAACGAAGGUAACCAUCGCCAAAACGAUGCCCGUUCCAGUAAGUAAACCGAAAAAAGCUAAGAAAAAAUCCAAAUCGAAGAAGGCGUCUGCCACCACCGCCGCCAACGCCGAAACACCGGAAGGUGGUGCGAAAAUCAAAAACUCAUCCAGCAACAACACUGGCUCCGGCAGAAAGCGCACCAAGGAGCAGACCGGUGGCAGCAGGAGAUCGAAACGCGCAAAGCGACAGGAAGCCGAAGAGGAUGUUCCUCACGGUGCGGGGUUGGUGGCCGGAGCGUCUGGGAUAGCCGGAGCAGUGGGUGCGGACAAGGGUGCGAAAAUGAAACCACAAUACUUUGUCGAAACACGGCCAUCUAGCUCACCGACCACGGAAAUCGCUACGGAUGAAGAAGCCGGUGGCGGCGGCAGCGGCGGUAAGAAGCGCAAGCUGAAAAGCGUCAUCAUCAAACGUUACCACCACAACCAAGCGCCACAGCAGGCGCCGGUAACAUCACAGCAGCCACAAUCUGUCGAGGCGACGCCGCAAGAGCAGCAACCGUCGACUUCAGGUAUAGCGAUGAAUAGCCUAAAAUCGAGUAUACCGUCACCAUCAUCGUUCUGCUCCUCGACAACGACGCUGGUGAACGAGGAACCUACGGAAGGUUGCAGCAGGGAAACGGUCAUAGCAAGCGCAGCGGUUGACAUGGAUUCCGACAUUAUCGAUGUGAUGAAACUAUCUCCCAACGUAUCGGGCACGGAUACGGAUACGGACGUACCGGACGAUGUUGCUGAUUGGCAGGAUGCGGUGGAGGCGACGAUAACCGAAGCGGAAACGACGGCCCCAUCGGUCAUCAUGAGCACGGCACAACUCACCCAACCCGCAUCACCCAACGUCGUGCCACUGUCUGCGGAUCAUCUAUCGUUGCUUCAACCGAGCGAAGAUAGUCAACUGCUGGUCGAUACGAAUCCGGUCAUCUCGGAAUCGUUGUUUGCGCAGAUCGACCAAACGCUCAGCUGGCCGAUCAUCGAUCCACCACCAAUCGAGGACGAUCGCCUCUCGGCUACCGAUUCACCCUUCUCGCCCAUGUCGUUCCCACCGUCCACGGCUUCCGUAUCUCAAUCUUCACCACCUCCACUAUCGUCUGAAUCGUUUCCACUGGACCCCGCCACCAAUCCCUCUUCUCCGUUGCAUCUAAUGGAUGGUCUGGUGGAUGCGCUCGGUACCGGUGGAUCUCCGCUGCCCUCCUCCGUCAUAGACACGGCCUCGAUCGAAGUGACGAUCGAUGAACUGAUGACAGCGAUGCCAUCAACUACUGCUAGCCAACCCCUAGACAACAUCGUCACUUCUUGUCUUGUCGCCGAAGCUGAAGCUGUCGCGCCUGCACGCGAGGAAAUUGCGGUUCCUCCGGCAGCCAGUGAAUUGCUGGCCCCUGCGUCACAACCGGAACAGGACAGCGCCGUCAUCGGAGCCGAGGUGCAGCUGUGAGAUCUAUUGCGGAUAAUCGAUUUCAUCGAUUGGUAGACUGGUGUCCAUGGCCAGUCGAGCGAGCAUUUGUGGAGAUUCGGCCAAGGAAUGUUCCGCCUCGAUAAAUGGCAGAGAGAUCCCUCCGAUGGAUGGGAGCAAGUGUACAAAACGAUCUGUGUCUGAACGCGCCUAGAGACCAUCCGGCUAUGGUCCCGAUUCUGCUCCCUUCUACAACACACGCUAUCGAUUUUGCGUUCAAGCGUCACAUUUGCUACCUUAAUUUAGUUUUCUACUUUAAAAAAUAGAACAUUUUCGAGAGGAUCGUGAAUCAUCUGCCAGAAUAGGCAAAGUGGCCUAGAGCAGCAGUAGGUGAAAUGUAAAUACAGUAGUGCAGCAUCCGGUACGGUCUAUGAGAGCAUUGCAACAAAUGUAUAGGGUAAAGGAAGCAGGUACGCAAAAGGGAAGGUCAAUGGUCGUCAAGAAGAUGCGUUUACCGUUGAACCAUUUUGCAGAAUAAGAUAAUGCGCGCGCACUAUAUAUACAUAUAAAUUCCCCCGCUCCUUCCCUCCCCCCAGUAGAUCGGCAAAAAAGUAUCUUGAUCGUUCCGUCAUUGUAGUUCGCCGGGCAUUCGGUGGCGUACGACACUGUUCAUGCAAAACGGCGCCACCGGGGCCAUCCGGAACCAUAUUGAUCGAUCGUUGAAUUGUAGCUUAUAUUACUUGUACUCUUUUUUCUAAAAUAUAAACGAACUAAACGAAAAUACAACUAAU